AUCAGCCCAAUGGUUCAACGUUGGGUUUGGGCCCAUGUACUAUUUUCGCUUUUCUUUCGUGCGGACGAAGCUUUCAACUUCUAAUUCCAACGAAAAUCGAUCGAUCUUCAUCAAAACCUACUGAAGAAGAAGAAGAUUUGCAGAAAGAUGGAUGCAUCGAAGACGAUUCCUCACGAAAUCGGCGGAGUGAGAAGCGACGCGCUCCGAUUCGGACUCCACGGCGUCAAGAGCGACAUCGUCGGCUCUCAUCCUCUCGAAUCCGCCUAUGAAGAGAAUAAGGCGAGUCAGGAGAGGAUGAAGAGAACGGUCCUUGCCAACACUUACGGCUUUGCUUUGCCCACGAGGAUGGAGAUGGACCGCCAAAUUCUCUCCAGGUUUCAGAGACCUAUUGGAGCAAUACCAUCUUCCAUGUUAGGGUUAGAAGCAAUGACAGGAGGUCUGGAAGACUUUGGUUUUGAAGACUACUUAAAUGAUCCCAAGGAAUCAGAGAGCGCACGCCCAGCUAACAUGCAUCACGGCAUGGAAGUGAGACUCGGGCUGUCCAAAGGACCAGUUUGCCCCAAUUUCAUUUGAACUAUUCUGUUCCUGUGGUUGAUUCACUUUCAAUCACAACUGCUUACUUCUCAUGCGAAUCUUAUUAUUGUUCUUCUAUUUUCACAUGAGCAGAAACUAGUGUGCUAAAGAUUUCUGAAUUUUUAUUUCAAAAUUCUGAAGAACUCACAUUCUAUUACAAGUAUAAAGAUGGGUCUUUUAUCCCCCAUCAUGGUUUAUAGUUUUGUGCCAAGUAUUUCCUAAUGAUGCAUCGGAAUAGGUCAAAACUCGUGCCUAAGAUGCCCAAUUUAAUGAGACCGCUCACUUGUAAGUUGUAACAAGCUUUAUGCUUCAUUAUACUCCGCCUUUGUCUGGGGCGUAGCUUGGAUGGAAAAGAAAGGGUGCAAAAUUGA